AUGAGAGAUAAGUUGAGCAAUGAAACUGAUUGGCUAGACCUCCAAGAAGACCGUGUGAAGUUGUUGAAACGUUUGAAGACAUUCAUGGCUGUCACAAAUGAGACCAAGUGGCAACACUUUGGUUUCAUGGAAUCUCUCAAGAGAUUCACAAACUGCACUCAGAAGCAAAAUGAGUCGGUGAAUGAAUACAGAAGACGGUUUGAAGCUCAAGCUGACCAAGUGUUCAAAAUCCUUGGCACUGAAGUGUUAGAUGCCUAUGCGGCAAAGAUGUAG